AUGGUUUCCUAUUGUGCCUGCACGGAGUUUAUGAGAGAUGAGCCAUUUUACAGGAGAAUGUUAAGUAACUGGCCUAACCUGCAAGCAGGACUUGCUGACAGGGAUGCCCAUAUACAAUUCUGGAGUUAUGAGUUCAAAGUUCAUGGCAGUUGUUCCAACUACGUACCCAAAAUAUACCUCAGAAAAGCUUUGGAUUUGAAGGACAAAAUCGACAUAUUCCAAGCUUUGAAAGCCCAUAGGGUGGUUGCUGGCGCCGCCUACCAAAGGUCGGCUUUUGAAACUGCAAUAAAAAAUAGAAUUGGCACCACUGCCUUUGCCAUGAGCUGUAUCAACAAGAAUGGAACCAAAAUUCUCUACGAAAUCACUAUUUGCACUGAUGCGGCUAACGCCAUUCCAUGUUCCCAAAGAAAUCACAUGAGCAAGGACAACUGCGGAAAGGGGAACAUAAAGUUUGAAUAA